UUUGCUUCUUUCAAAUUUGUAGGUGACUGUGGUGACCACCGGCCCCUGCAUUCCUUAACUGCUCCUGUGAGUUCCUAACCAAUUCAAACAGUCCUAAAUCCUCACCAUGGAGCCCAACAAAGUUCAGUCUGAAGGAGGGCUCAAUGUCACUCUGACUAUCAGACUCCUCAUGCAUGGCAAGGAGGUUGGCAGCAUUAUAGGCAAGAAAGGGGAAACUGUGAAGAAGAUGCGUGAGGAUAGUAAUGCACGCAUAAAUAUUUCAGAGGGGAAUUGCCCAGAGAGAAUAGUUACCAUCACAGGACCCACAGAUGCCAUAUUCAAGGCCUUUGCUAUGAUCGCAUACAAGUUUGAGGAAGAUAUCAUUAACUCUAUGAGCAAUAGCCAGGCUACUAGUAAGCCUCCAGUGACUUUGCGUUUGGUGGUGCCGGCCAGUCAAUGUGGCUCUCUAAUUGGGAAAGGAGGCUCCAAGAUCAAGGAGAUGAGGGAGUCUACAGGGGCUCAAGUGCAAGUGGCUGGAGACAUGCUGCCCAAUUCUACUGAGCGGGCAGUCACUAUCUCAGGUGCUCCAGAGGCCAUUAUCCAGUGUGUGAAGCAGAUCUGUGUGGUCAUGUUGGAGUCCCCACCCAAAGGUGCCACAAUUCCAUACAGGCCGAAGCCUGCCACUGCACCAGUCAUCUUCUCUGGGGGCCAGGUAAGGGCAGACACUCUGACAGCACCAGCCACAGCCAACCUCAGUCUGUUACUGCAGCAUCAGCCUCUGCCUGCCUACACCAUUCAGGGACAAUACGCCAUCCCACACCCAGACCAGUUGACAAAGCUCCAUCAGCUGGCUAUGCAGCAAUCCCCCUUUACCUCCCUCGGACAGACCACCCCCGCUUUCCCUGGUGUGGAUGCCAGUUCACAGGCCAGUACUCAUGAACUCACCAUUCCAAAUGAUCUAAUAGGCUGCAUAAUCGGACGUCAAGGCACCAAAAUUAAUGAAAUCCGUCAAAUGUCUGGUGCUCAGAUCAAAAUUGCUAAUGCCAUGGAGGGGUCAUCAGACCGUCAAAUCACCAUUACAGGAACACCUGCCAACAUCAGCCUGGCACAGUACCUCAUAAAUGCCAGGUUCAGAGAUGUGGCAGCCAUGUGGACUGACCCUUCAACCAUGACAACCUCCUGAAGUCACAUUAUGCUCUGUUUAUCGAAGACGUUCUGGUCUUAAACUGUUUUCUGGCCUCAUCAGUGUUCUUAAAACCUGAGAAUUAAUAUAGUCAGACAUUUGUGUCUCAGGAUUGCUGAACUACAUUAAGUGUAAUUAGUUAAAUUUAUCCAUUCCAUAGAAUAACAGAAAAACAAAACAUAGCUUCACCCAACAGGGACCUCUCUGCAAACUGUAUUUAUUGUCUACAUGGAAGGUCUCUGCAGUAAAAAGUAUUCUAAUAAGCAACCUGUAUGUAGGCAAUUUUGGAAUUGUGUCUGUGUACAAGAAUAUGAUGCAUUGUCUUAUUAAUUAGAUAUAGUUUUGAGUUUUAGCACAGAAACUUAGCAUGCUGAAUGUCUAGCAGUUGUUAUUGCUCUUAUUUAUUUAAAUGCUUUCUCAAUAUUUUACAGUACUUUAAAUAUGUAUUCAAGUUAUCAUACAUGUAAUGUGAGCAAUAAAUUGUAUUAAAAUAUGCUUCUUUUAACUUCAGUAAGUGGUAAAACAGGUGGUUUAGAAAAAGACUAAUCUGAUUUCCAGUAAAUUUAAAUUAUGGUCACACCUUUGUAGAUUUAUUGCUGGUUCAUAAUUUGUAACAAAAGAAUUAUUUCAUACAGUGCAUGAUAUCCAUUUUUUUUCUUCUGGUCCUGAUACAAUUGUCUGUUCAACAUUUGUACAAUUACAAACCAGGUGAUCUUGUCAUGUGUGAUUUAAUGAUUUUUCAGCCUUUCAAAAAAAGACCUGAUUGUUUAACUUUUGUCAUUUUAAUUGGCUAAACAUUAUUAAUGUUGACUGUGCUUCAAGUAACUGUAAUAGUUUCAUGAAGCAAUGUACUUUGUUUACAUCUUUGUUUAAUGCUGUGUUGUGCACUGCAAUAAUGUGAAUAACUGAAAGUGUCAGACAUAAGUAGUCUAGACAAAAGUAAGAUUAACUAAUUCAUCAGUGGACCACAGAAGAAUCGAAACUUUUUGGCAAUGCAGCUGUGAUUAUACAGUAAGGAAGCAAGUGAUAGAUUGAUUUGAAUGUAAUGAUGUGACUUUUUAACAGGUUAUUUGCUGUUAAGCUUGUCAAAUGUACACCCAGUUCCAGAUAGAUGAAACAACAGCCUACAGUAUAAAACACAUGCUCAAGGUCUUUAGGUUUUCUUUUCAAACUUGUCUCAAUAGCUAGUGAUUACAUUGUGAGUUGGAUUCACAAGUUGUAUAUCUACUGUAUAUGCUCUGUGUUAACAGUUCUCUGUUCAGAAUGUUUAUUAUUUAUAUCAAAGAAAUGGGCUUUGAUGAGUUAAAAUGUAAUGUAAUAAUUAUUUCAUUUAUGCAUUUUGGUGUUGACUUAUAUUUAAGAUUUUAUGUAAUGAUUUAUGUGACAUAAAAUGUCAUUUUACUGCAUUUCAAGAGUUCUUAAUAGGAAUCCAGUGAGUUCAUGUAUGUUAAUAUGUAUCUGUUUCUGUAAUUUCUAGUGGCUAAUAGACCAUUAAUUGUGACACAGUGACUUUUGUAUAUUCAUACCCCUAUAACAGGGUAUGAAUUUACAAGCAUUGCAAUUUUGAAUGUCUUAACACUCUUGGCAGUCGUUCUAUACAGUAUGACAUCUCAUGUAACCAGUUAUAGCACCAAAAUGAGUGACAGUGUACUUUAAUUAAAUUAAUAUGCUUAUUUUAUUUAGUGUUUUUUUUUCUUGUUUUAUAAAACAAGAAAACAAAUCCAUGCAGACUACAGUAUUUCCCACAAAGAAACUUUGGUUUCUAUGUUUGCUGCUGAAUGACUCAUGGUUUGACUUACAGAAUGCUUUCAUUUUCAUAUUCAUAUUAUUUUU